AUGGGUCCUCGUUUGUUCAUAUCAUGUCUAAUGCUCAUUGCUUGCAUGGUGAGUAUUGCCACAAUCCCAAUGGCAUUAGCUCGUGGCCUUCUAGAUCUUCCUAAGUUGGAGGUGCCUAUAGUCACCUUACCCAAUCUUCCUAACCCUACUGUGCCCAAACUUCCAAAUCCCACAAUUCCAGUGCACCCUCGUGGCCUCUUAGAUCUUCCUAAGGUGGAUGUGCCUGUAGUCACCUUGCCCAAUCUUCCUAACCCAACAGUGCCCAAACUUCCAAAUCCUACCGUGCCCCAAAUUCCAAACCCUACAAUUCCAGUGCAUCCUCGUGGUCUCUUAGAUCUUCCUAAGGUGGAGGUGCCUAUUGUCACGUUACCUAGUCUUCCUAACCCAGCAUUACCCAAAAUUCCAAACCCUACAAUUCCAGUGCAUCCUCGCAACCUCUUAGAUCUUCCUAAGCUAGAGGUGCCCAUAGUCACAUUACCCAAUCUUCCAAAUCCCACAAUUCCAGUGCACCCUCGUGGCCUUUUAGACCUUCCUAAGGUGGAGGUACCAGUAGUCACAUUACCCAAUCUUCCUAACCCUACAGUGCCUCAGCUUCCUAAGCCUACAAUUCCAGUGCCAGCUCGUGGUCUUCUAGAUCUUCCUAAGUUGGAAGUUCCCCUAGUCACUUUACCUAAUCUUCCUAAUCCCACAAUACCCAAACUUCCAAACCCUACAAUUCCAGUGCACCCUCGUGGUCUGUUAGAUCUUCCCUCCUUGGAGGUACCUACACUUCCCUUGCCGACACUACCUCAACUUCCAAAUCCCACAGUUCCUCAAAUUCCCUGA